AUGGCCAGUACGAAGCCCGGCAUAGUGCCUCCUCCAGGCGACGGUCAUCACAGCGGAUGGGCGAGGACCGCUGCAGCUGCUCCUCCGCACGGGCAGGGCUACGGUUAUUGUCCUGCUCCACGCCGGGGGGGGGGCGCUACUGCUUCUGCCUCCGUCGUGGACGGGGGGGAGAGGGAAGGUUACUACAUUGGCAGGAUCUCUAGCGGUUUCGGCACGAGGGUCGGCGGCGGUCGGCGAGGGGGCACCGCAGUUGGGUGCCUGUUCGCUCUGGGGGUGCUGGCCUGGGUGUGGGUGAUGGGGUCGUUCCGCGCACUAUUCUCGGCGGGGACCCCGUCGUCAUCAGCUGCAGCGCCGACGCGGGAGCCCUUGAGCCCCGCGUCCCCGGCACCAGGGAGGACGACGAGCGGCCUGCCGGCCGUCCAUGCCCCUGGUCUGGACACGCCUGCUGCUGCCAACGGUGGUGGUGAUCGAGCUGCUCUAUCCCUCGCGACUAGAAAGGGUGCUGACGCUAACAGCAUCCCUGCGGGGGACGGGCCAGACUACCUCCACAAGCCUCGCCUAGAGAUAGAAUCAGAGGCGGCGGAUGUUGCGGGACCCUACGACCAGUUCCCGGGGCCGCAGGCCGACGGCCGAGAGAAGGGGGUUCGCGAUGGCGGCGGAGGGGGGGGGGAGGGGGAAUUAUUGUCGUCGGAGGAGCUGGCCGACGAGACCCUGGCGGACGGGAAGGCGAGGUGUUGGACCGACGAGGCCGGGAACGGCCGUUGCCUUCCCACCGUAUUCUUCUUCGGGGUGUCCAAAUGCGGCACAACGUCCCUGUCGAACUGGCUGUCCUCGCACCCUCGAGCGGUCUUCGUCCCUCCUCCUGAGGCGCACGACUAUCGAGAGGCCCACGUCUUCGACAACACGCCCAGGUACUGGCACGGCGUGAGCGAUCGGGGCAAACGGGAGAGCCUUUCUCCCGUGGCUUCUUCGAGGGACACCGUCAUCGACUUCACGCCGAACUACGCCAUCGUCGGAGAGGCCCCCCUUCGGAUCUACGACUACUACCACCAAGCCGGUGGAGGGCGUCUACGGAGUAACCUUCGGUUCUUGGUCGUGCUGAGAGAGCCAGUCGCAAGGACUAUCAGCUCCUGGCAGUACAAGAGCGAACGUGAGCAUCGUUGCCGGUUUUUGUUCUUGUUCUUGUUCUUGUUUUCGGUUGGAGGCAAUGACCUUGAAACGGAAAGUUUUUCUUUCACGUGUUUUUCGAUAUGGAAUGAAUGGUGA